AAUGGACUUCAAUGCACCUUAAAGCUUAUGCAAGCUUACAGCUUCUGGGGUGUACCUAGGCUGUCAUGCCUGCAGGCCAGUGACUCUACUCUUUGAUGAUCUUUGCCACAGACACGUUCAAAAGAAGAUUACAAGUUUUAACAUUGCUGAGUCAAAAUCGUCACCAUGUUCAUAAUGAUGACAAGACAAACCUCAGGAGUAGGAGGGCAGCACUCGGUGGAUUCAAGAAGAUAGAUUUUACGGAUCCAAAGGUCAAAGAGGUGUCAGAAUUUGCCGUCAAGACCAUGGAUGAAAGGACUAAUGAAAUUAAUGUCAGGGUUAUUGAGAAAGUGAUCAAUGCUGAAGUGCAGACAGUAAGUGGUAAAAACUGGAAGCUUCAAGUACAGUUGAGCUGGACAACAUGUAGGAAAAAUGAACAAGUUCAGGACUUGAGCACCUGUGAGAAGGACCCCAGUAAACCCAGGAGUAUUUGUGACGUUAUUGUUUAUGAAGUACCAUGGAAAAACCACAUGGAAGUGACUAACACAUCAUGUACAACUGUGGAAGAAGCUAACCAAAAUCAUAGUAAUGAUAAUACUGAUGAACUACCAAGCAUCAGGAGGAGGAGAGCAGCUCUUGGAGGGUACGAACCAGUACAACUCCCUGAUCAAAAUAUUAAUAAAGUGGCAGAGUUUGCUGUUAAGUCAAUGGAUGCAAGGAUUAAUGACCCUAAUGUCAGGGUUGUUGAGAAAGUGAUCGGUGCUCAAAAGCAGAUAGUAAGUGGCAUAAACUGGAAACUUCAAGUACAGUUAAGCUGGACAACAUGUAGGAAAGAGGAAAAAGUCCAAGACUUGAGCACCUGUGAGAAGGACCCCAGUAAACCCAGCAGUAUUUGCAAUGUUAUUGUUUAUGAAGUACCAUGGAAAAACCACAUGGAAGUGACUGACACAUCAUGUACAACUGUGGAAGAUGAUACCCAAAAUCAUAGUAAUGAUAAUACUGGUGAACUACCAAGCAUCAGAAACAGGAGAGGAGCUCUUGGAGGAUAUGAACCUGUACAACUCCCUGAUCAAAAUAUUGAUAAAGUAGCAGAGUUUGCUGUUACGUCAAUGGAUGCGAGGAUUAAUGAUCCUAAUGUCAGGGUUGUUGAGAAAGUGAUCAGUGCUCAAAAGCAGAUAGUAAGUGGCAUAAACUGGAAGUUUCAAGUACAGCUGAGCUGGACAACAUGUAGGAAAAAUGAACAAGUCCAGGACUUGCGCACCUGUGAGAAGGACCCCAAUAAACCCAGCAGUAUUUGUGAUGUUAUUGUUUAUGAAGUACCAUGGAAAAACCACAUGGAAGUGACUAACACAUCAUGUACAAAUGUAGAAGAUAAUAACCAAGAUCAUAGUAAUGAUAAUACUGAUGAACUACCAAGCAUCAGGAGGAGGAGAGCAGCUCUUGGAGGAUAUGAACCUGUACAACUCCCUGAUCAAAAUAUUAAUAAAGUAGCAGAGUUUGCUGUUAAGUCAAUGGAUGCAAGGAUUAAUGACCUUAAUGUCAGGGUUGUCGAGAAAGUUAUCAGUGCUCAAAAGCAGAUAGUAAGUGGCAUAAACUGGAAAAAUUCAAGUACAGUUAAGCUGGACAACAUGUAGGAAAGAGGAAAAAGUUCAGGACCUGAGCACCUGUCAGAAGGACCCCAGUAAACCCAGCAGUAUUUGCAAUGUUAUUGUUUAUGAAGUACCAUGGAAAAACCAUAUGGAAGUGACUGACACGUCAUGUACAACUGUGGAAGAUGAUAACCAAAAUCAUAGUAAUGAUAAUACUGGUGAGCUACCAAGUAUCAGAAACAGGAGAGCAGCUCUUGGAGGGUAUGAGCCUGUACAACUCCCUGAUCAAAAUAUUGAUAAAGUGGCAGAGUUUGCUGUUAAGUCAAUGGAUGCAAGGAUUAAUGACCCUAAUGUCAGGGUUGUUGAGAAAGUGAUCAGUGCUCAAAAGCAGAUAGUAAGUGGGAUAAACUGGAAGUUUCAAGUACAACUGAGUUGGACAACAUGUAGGAAAGAUGAACAAGUCCAAGACUUGAGCACCUGUGAGAGGGACCCCAGUAAACCCAGCAGUAUUUGCAAUGUUAUUGUUUAUGAAGUACCAUGGAAAAACCAUAUGGAAGUGACUGACACGUCAUGUACAACUGUGGAAGAUGAUAACCAAAAUCAUAGUAAUGAUAAUACUGGUGAGCUACCAAGUAUCAGAAACAGGAGAGCAGCUCUUGGAGGGUAUGAGCCUGUACAAAAUCCCUGAUCAAAAUAUUGAUAAAGUGGCAGAGUUUG